GUGUUACAGACACUGUCACUUUAAGGGGAGCCUGUGUUAGGUUGUUACUGUGACAGCCAGCUGGGGAAUCCGGAAGUGUGUGUGUCAGGGACUGUGUUCUCAGCCGGGAGCCGGGAUCCGGGAUCCCGGAGCCGGGAGCUGUCCCCACCCCACCCCCCCAACUCCCGGACGCUGUUAUGCUGCGGCCGCUGCUGCUGUGUGCGGUAUGCGGCUCGGUGUCCGUGCUGCUCCCCGCCGAUGUCUGGCGCUUGUGGAGCCGCUGGUUUACGGACUGGCUCGGGACCGCGGCGGGACCUGCGUCCAUCCGCCUCUUCACUAAAUCCGAACUGAGCCGCUACACCGGAGAGAAGGGCAGCCCCGGGCUAUACCUGGCGAUCCUGGGGCAAGUGUUCGAUGUGAAGAAAGGGAAAAAACAUUAUGGUCCGGGAGGUUCCUACAGUUUCUUUUCAGGUCGAGAUGCGUGUCGAGCAUUUGUGAGUGGAGAUUUCACUGAGAAUGGUCUUGUGGAUGAUGUUUCUGGGCUCUCGCCCUCUCAAAUACUUUCUCUCCAUGAAUGGCUUGAUUUCUACAAGAAAGAAUACAUUUUUAAGGUUCAAGCCUGGAUAUUGCCCAGAUCUUGCUGC